UAUCCUAUACUCUCUCUUCCUUAACUCUCUCUCUCUCUCUCUCUCUCUCUCUCUCUCUCUCUCUUUAACUUUGGUGAAUCUCCCAUAUUCGAGAAAAAAAUCUCAAAUCCAUCAGUCUCCAACAAGAAUCUAUCUAACAAAACCAUCAAUUCACUUCCCAAGGAGGAUUAGAAGUCUAAGAAUCUUAACGCAAAUUAAUGUCUCGACCGAGGAUCUCACCGCAGUUUCAGUUAUCGAAAAAGGAAAGGUUUGGAGACGAUGAAGGCACGUUGAGGAACACGCGCUCGUCGAGACAGAAACAGGGGAAGUACAGUUUCACGAGGAAGUGUGGGAGAUUGGUGAAAGAACAGAGAGCUCGCUUUUACAUCAUGCGUAGAUGCGUCGUUAUGCUUAUUUGCUGGACUGAUAAUCAUAAUACUUACUCCGACCACUGCUAGCUAUAUCAAACAUAAAAAAACCCUCUCUCUCUCUUCUUCUUCUUGCCGCAGUUUUUAGUCUAUGAAAGUAGAUUAGAGAUACAAAUGAUGUACAUAAUUAAGAGGGAUUCUAUAGUUUCUGGUUUCAACGUAUUAGUUUUAAUUUAGAUUCGAAUGUUUGUGUUAUGUUUUUGGUCAUCAGUUUCAAUGUAUGCACUUCUAUAAAAUAUAAACAUAUCAGUUCGUUUU